AUGCAUGAUCCAUACCAAACUCAAAAGCAACAAAGAGGGCACAUGGAAGGCGAUGAAGACCGUGUUAAACAAAGCCAAGCAAAUCAAGACAAGUUAAGGUGCGGAGCAAGAGGACUUAUGGAUUGUCGGGCCAAAGACAAAGUGGACAUGCCCGAACAUCAUGAAGAAAUUUCGAAACACGUGAACGUGUCAAAAAUCCACUGGAGAAAUCUUUGUAGGAUGAUCCCCGUACAGGAUGACAUCAGAGGUGUGACAUCAUCCCAGAUAUUUCUAGUUGUACUAACCAUGCCCAGAGAAUUAUUGUCUCGUUUCUUGCUAACUAACACAUCUGAAAAAAUUUCACAGUGCCCAAUUGUUAUCGUGGUCUACUUGGAGCUGUGCAGCGACAGCCCGCGGUUCCUUGACGGGACGUCGCGCCACGACGUCGUAGGGUGGUGGGCGACGACGCUGAGGGAGGCGUUCCGAGCCUUCCACGAGGAGUUCGCGGUCUGCAGCCAGGGCGAGCACGGCGUGGACGCGCCCGCCGCCACGGCCAUCGUCGCGCUGGUGCACGAGAGGUAUCUCGUCAUCGGCAACUGCGGCGCCUCCAAGGCCGUGCUAUCCCGGGACGGCGAGCUCGUGGAGCUCAGUUCCGAUUCCGAGCACAUGGCAAACAGGAGGAGAGAUGAGAACAAGAGCGUGGACAACGCCGGCGGCGUCCGCGUGGCCGAGGCCACCUCGAAGCUCACCACCGCUCCGCGGACUACUACCGGCUCGUCAGUGAGCUCAGUGCCGGCACCGGCGGCGGCCGCGGACGUCGUCGACGUGGUGGCGGUGGAAUGGGAGGCGUGCGACGAGUUCCUCAUCCUGGGGAGCGCAGCGCUCUGGGACACGGUGACGCCGAGGGCGGCGUGUGCCCACGUCCGGCGAAGGCUGGGGAGGACCUCACGGGUCACCAUGCCGUGGGAGACACGCAUCACCGAUGCGGAGGGCUCACCGACGCUGCUCGCCGAGGAGCUCGCCAAGAAGGCGGUGCAUGCCGGCAGUUGGGACAACGUCAGUGUCGGCCUCGUUGUGUUCAGGGACUUCUGGGCUGCAGGGUGCACGCAGUCUGGCAGCAACCCUCAAGCCUCCUUGAAUGAUGAAGGACCAAGUGCCAUUCAGGAUCCUGUAGCCGAAACGGCAACUGAAGAAACAGCAGGCGCUAGCCAAGAGAAGGUUCGCCGGUCCACUCGUCAGACUCGCCCAUGUGGCCGGUACGUGGGGCCCGAGUGGCAGUGA